ACAGCCCUUAAUCCGUUUAACCCUGAGUUGACAAAGCACAUGUUUCAGAGAGCACGGGGUUGGGGGUAAGGUUAUAGAGUAACAGCAUCCCAAGGCAGAAGAAUUUUUCUUAGUACAGAACAAAAUGGAGUCUCCUAUUUCUACUUCUUUCUACACAGACACGGUAACAAUCUGAUCUCUCUUUCUUUUCCCCACAUUUCCCCCUUUUCUAUUCGACAAAACCGCCAUCGGCAUCAUGGCCGGUUCUCGAUGGUCGUGGAUGUUUUAUUUCCCAGAGAACCAAACCUUAGCACUGUGCACGCCACACCUGAGGGCGGAUUCUCCCAGGCCAGCCCAAGUCAGGGCAGGGCUGGAAAACUAGGGGCUUGUUGCCCAGCGAACCGCCACAACAGAGAGCGGACUCGAUCCUGCGCUCCGGCCCGGCUGACCUGCCUGCGUCCAGCCCCGCGCCCUGGGCCUGCCUGGGUCUGGAUCUGGGUCCGAGUCUGGGUCUGGCCCUGCGCUCAGGGCCCGCGGAGGAGACUAUGGACCCCGCCGGGCGCGCCCGGGGCCAAGGGGCCACGGCAGGGGGGCUGCUGCUCCGGGCUGCUGCGGCCGCCAAGGGUCUCAGGGAAGACCUGUGGGGCGCGGCCGCUCUGCCUUGGAGGAGCCUGUCCCGGAUCCCGAAGCGGGAGGGUCUUGGAGAGGAGGACACAGCAGUUGCCGGACACGAGCUCCUACUCCCAAAUGAGAGAAGCUUUCAGAAUGCUGCUAAAAGCAAUAAUUUGGAUCUUAUGGAGAAGCUGUUUGAAAAGAAGGUUAACAUUAAUGCUGUGAACAAUAUGAACCGCACAGCCCUGCAUUUUGCUGUGGGGAGAAAUCAUUUAUCUGCAGUGGAUUUCUUGCUUAAACACAAGGCCAGGGUGGAUGUUGCUGAUAAGCACGGCUUGACAGUAAUUCACCUUGCAGCCUGGUCUGGGAGCCUUGAGGUCAUGCUCAUGCUGGUUAAAGCUGGAGCAGACCAGAGAGCCAAGAAUCAGGAUGGAAUGAACGCCCUCCACUUUGCCACUCAGAGCAAUCAUGUGCACAUCGUGGAGUAUCUUAUUCAAGAUCUGCACCUCAAGGACCUGAACCAGCCUGAUGAGAAUGGAGAAACACCAUUCUUUCUGAGUGUUGAAGGAGGUCAUGAAGAGUGCAGCAAAGUGCUGCUGACAGCAGGAAGUGACAUCAACAUUCCAAAUAAACUCAAUAUCAGUAGUUUGCAGAUAGCAACCAGGAACGGCCAUGCAUCUCUUGUCAACUUUCUUCUCAGUGAGAACAUUGAUCUGCGCCAGAAAGUGGAACCUAAGGAGUCCCCUCUUCAUUUAGCUGUUAUCAACAACCACAUCACGGUUGUAAACAGUUUAUUAAGUGCACAGCAUGAUAUUGACAUCUUAAAUCAGAAGCAGCAAACCCCUCUGCAUGUAGCUGCUGAUCGUGGAAAUGUGGAACUGGUGGAAACCCUGCUGAAGGCAGGCUGUGACUUGAAGGCUGUUGACAAGCAAGGAAAGACUGCCCUGGCUGUGGCCUCCAGGAGCAACCAUAGCCUUGUGGUGGACAUGCUCAUUAAAGCAGAGAGAUACUACGCCUGGAGAGAGGAGCAUCAUGAGAGCAUCAGGGACCCGUCAACAGGCUUUACUCUGACAUUCAAGCAAGAUCACAGUCUGGAGACCAGACACAUUCGCACGCUUCUCUGGGACCUGGCUUACCAUCAGCUGAAGGCCAAUGAGUGGCAGAGGCUGGCCCGUUCGUGGAACUUUACAGAUGACCAGAUUAGAGCCAUUGAGGAGCAGUGGUCGGGUGAGUACAGACUAGAUGAUGUGGGCAGGAGGAAUUCACUGUUAGGAACAGCAGUGCCUCCUGGUGUGAGGUCUUCCAAGGAAGUGUGUGGCACUCACAGUAAGCUGCAGUCUUCAAGGGGCCCAGGAAUAGGGGCAGUUAGCUUAGGUCCACGCCAGUGAUUUGGGCGUUAAGAUUUGCAGAAAGUGAACACUCAUUGUCUGCAGUAAACUGAAGUUUGCAAGGGAUGAUUAUGUGUAUUGAGCCAUAUCAGACAUGUGGCAUUUAGCCUAGAGAGACAGUAAGAUUCCCAACUGGACGGUCACUAAGGAAGCAAGCAAGGAUUUAACAGUUGGUGUGUCAGUGGGAAGCCAAUCUGAUUUCUAUGUUCCUUGAGACUGUCCUGGGGUGAAUGGGUUUAUUCUGUAAUCAAUAGGCUCGCUGUUUAAGUCUGCGCUCCAGAAAGAGGAAUUCCUUAAACCAGGUGGGUGUGGGAGAAAGGGUUGUUGUAGGACACUGCCUUAGGGGAGACUUGGCUGUGUAAUGAGCGACACGGGGAAUACAGACUCAGAGGGCUUUCUUGGCUAGAUGAUUCCAAGCAAUGGAAUCAUUUCAGCUAGACUCAAACUGUCAUAAUUAGUGAAGUCAGGUCAGCUAGAUUCCUUAAUUUUGUUUUUUUGUGGUUAGACGAAAACCUAGGAAACAUAGAAAGUUUACUUGGCAUUAAUCAACUAAUUAGCUUUGAAAGCAAUGAAGCAAACACGUUUCUUGGCAAAGUUUUCUAUUCAGAGCACUGCCCUCUCAUGGACAUCCUAAGAUGAGAAGGUGUCCUUGCUCAGGGGUCGAUUUGUAUUAGGGAUUGCUGGGAACUGGGGAUGGCAGAAGCACAGUCCCUGAGCACACACUAUUUAUACCACAUACAAGUAAAUUAUGAGACUUUGUAUUGCACAUUCUUAGGAUACAUUUUCAUGUGAAAAAUAGAAGAUAAUGUAUUAAAAACAUUGAAUACUAACUAGUUUCUAACUAGAAAAAUUUUUUUAUUGUUAAGAUUUCUUUUUUGUCAUUAAUUAGGCUUAUAAUGUUCUGUGAAGUCUUUAGGAAAAUCGAGUUGCCUCCUGGAACUCUAACUUGACCUAAAGAGAUGACUUGAAAACAUAGUGUAUCUUCAGAGUACUUGCCAGCAGGAUAAGGGGGAUUUUAAAGUGUUUCGAUGGAACCUUUAUGGAGGGCCUGGAAUGUUUAUUUCUGCUGGAUGAGGGAUAGAUACAUCAGCUCUCUAAGCCAUGCAUGUUUGAUGGAGUUUAUAAUCUAGUUGGCACAAUAACAAUGACAUUUGCAAUUCAAUUAUAUUGUGAUCCAGGGUAAGGUUACUGGCACUGGGGAGUUUGUGGGCUUUUGAUCAAAGGAGUGACAGACUCAUGAUGGUAUUUAAGAAAAAUUAGUUUGUCAAGAGCAAGAUUAGGAAAGGAACAGAGGACUUGUCCAGGAGUACAUUCUGUAAGUAUGCAGUUCCCUCUCCCUGAAAUGCCCGCUUCUCCACAUCAGUUUGUCCAGUGAACUUCUCCCUCACCCCUGCAGAGCUCAGGCCCUUCCCUUGCACAGCAUGUCUGCUCCUGCACACUCUCUCUCAGAGCAAGGAGCCUGUAGUGAAGUCCUGUUGGGAACCACAGAGGCCUUGUGGCUCCCUAUCCCAGUACUUCCCCCAACACCUCUCUAGGCUGAGCUAUGCAGUGAGUAUUUAUCAAAUGAAUAAUCCUGGCCCAGGGAUGCAAACUUCCCUCAGAGUAGCUUCCUUGAGACUGGAGUGGCAGAAUGAAUGAUGCAUGCUUGCUGCUCAGAGUGGGGAAUAUGGAGCAACAGUGGCAGCAGCACCUGGGAGUUUGUUAGAUGCAUGGAUUCUUACCCCAGACCUACUGAAUCCAAACUUGCAUUUUAGUAAGAUACCCAGGUGAAAUAAGCACUGUGAGUUUGAAGAGCACUGGUCUAUGAGAAGUUGCAUAUUUCAUUAAAAUUGUUCCCGCUGGGCAGGCACCACAGCUGUCCUCUCUCUUGUACACUCCUUUGGGUGUGUGCCAAGCAUAGCAGGUCCAUAGCAAGGGCUGGAGGGAAAGCAAAUGCUGGUCAUCAUAAAGCAGCACAGCGAGGGCAACUGGAAGGGCUUUUUUCGAAGAGGAACAGGCAAGCAAACAUUCAGAAAGUUUAGUUGGAACUGAGAUCACAAUGGAAAGAGAUAGCAGCUCGUGGUGUUUUACCUCGGACCUCUUGUGCUUGGCACAGGAAAUGAAAGCUUCCGUGAACAUGGCCACAGGGCUCUGCUUAUCUGGCUACACGGGACCCUGAUGACUCAGGGUGACCCGGCCAAGCAACUGUAUGAAGAGCUGGUACACGCAGGUUUCCCAAAACUAGCUGGUAAGUGACAGUUUCAACAACAGAAAUUCUUUCUCCCUUAAAAUUUCAGGAAGCAGUCUACAGAAAUAUCAUCCUGACCAGCUACAGCCCCAGUGUGGUGUUAGCUGUGGCUCACACGGAGUAUGGAACUAUGGAAGGGGCUUGUAAGCUGUCAGCAGCUUCUCCUUUGGGGAAUGACCCAGUCAAUACUGGUUACUCAUUAGCCCGGCAGUUCUGUGUCAUCCCCCUACUCGGCAUUUGAAAAAGUGUGGGAGUGUUUUUGUUUAUGUGUAUGUGUGGUGGGGGUAGGUGGGGUGGGGCAGAAGUGCUAAACUUUCCCAUACAGUUAUAGGAUUGUUCUCCACGACUAAGAGUUGUCUUGCUCAAAAUGCCAUUUUACCCCUGUUGAUAAACUGCAGGUUAGUGUAUUUGAAAAUGUUAUCUCUAGGUAGAACAAAAAGAGCAGACAGGCUAUUACUUUGCCAACUGAGGUUAUUGCUAAAAAUCAGUCUGCCAAAAUCACUGACCAUAUUGUCAGGAAAGAUCCUUUAAAAACUUAUCAAUAAAUUAGGCGGUGUUGCAGCUCUCAUGUAAUAACAAGCAUUCAAGCAAAAUACAGGAACAUCUGCCAUUAUUUUCACUGAAGCAGUUUUACCUGGAGCAAGAAGAUAAAUGAGUGAACACCGACUGAUCCAAUAGUUUCCAGCAGUAGUAGGUACAAGGAACAAUGUGUGGAUACCUACCUUCCAUCACAUGAUCUCAUAAUAUUGGAGUUUUUCCCUCAACUUUAACCCUGUUCCCAUUGGCCCCGAGAAUACUCGCCAGUGGUGCUUGCAGCAUUUACCCUGAAAAAACUUUGCCAUGAAUUAUCUUGUUUUUAUUAUUAUUUUUGGAUCGCUCUAGUAUAUUGACUUUGGAAACAAAAGAUAUCAUUCUACUUAUAGCAUUCUGGUUUUACUAGUGGCAUUUCCAUUUACAAAAUAUGGAAAUUCUUGAUCACUGAAAAUGUCAAGUCCUAGAAAAUGUAGCAUUCCUAUAUGUGAUGUUAACAUCGUUCUCAAACAAUUGUUGGCCAAAGAUUCAUUCCAUGAAUCCAAUUUUUCAGAAAUUUACGAUUCGGAUGAUUCAGACUAUUCUGAUGUUAGUUCUGUUUAGAAAUAACUCCAAGAAGUUUUUAUAUUUGUUUUUCACAAUGAAAAUCAGAUUUGCUUCAGCCUCAAAGAGCGUGUUUAUGUAAAA